UCGAGCAGUUGCGCGAGUCACGAGCAGAGCUCCGGGAGGAAGCCGCGACGGAUCGAGGCUCGGCGACCAACCGGCCAAGGAACUAAAAGAUUAAGGGGCUAUGGGGGCCGUUAUCGGGAUGAGCCUCGCCGAGUCCAGGGCUCGGCCGAGUCCUGCGCCCCAUUGUUGUUUUUAGCGCGUUCGGGCGCCGACGUGAACGGCUCAAAGCGAUAAUGCCUGAGAAUGGGCAACGCCACUGAGGACAAGUCCGCCUCGCAUCAGCAUCAGCAACAGCAUCGCCAUCAUCGGCAUCAUCGGCAGCAACGGCAGCGAGAACCCAAGCAGGCCCAUCGCGAGUAUCCGCCAGACUGGAGGAUGGUGGAGCUGCACGCGAGUCCGAGCGACCGUCUCGACGGCCAUCGCCGUGAAACCUCGAGCUCGCGCAUCCACUACACCGUGCUCACGGUCCUUGACGCCGUAUUCUCCGCGACGAUCGCCGGGCCCGCGGUCGUCGGCUACUGGCGCGGUACCUGGGGCCUCAGCGACUUCUACAUAUAUCCGGAGGACGCGGAGCUUAGCAGCUUGACCUCCAUACUGAUUGGCUUCUGCGGCCUCUUCAGCUUCAAUCUCGCUCAGCACGUACUCGACGAGUGUCUGCACCCGGACAAGAAUCGGCUCGUCUUCUACCUCGGCUCGAGGCUUUAUACCGCGAUAUUCGGCUUCUGUUGCGUUAAUGCUUGGCGGGGCGCCUGGCAGGCCCUCGACCUAUACACCGAGCACACUUUUAGCACCGUAUUCACCACGACCUGCGUCAGCCUCCUCGCGCUGGCGAUUAUGAGGACUCUGAGGAACAUCUCCGCGCCCCCGUUUGCCAUCAGUCUCGACGCGUUCGCCGGUUACUUCGAGGUGCCCACUCUAUUCCGAGUCAACAAUACGAGGGACUGGUCACUCUACAUUCUCGAUUGCGCAUUCAGCGUUGGAAUUAUUGGAACUCUCGUAGUUUUUGUUUGGAGGGGUGCCUGGGUGCUAUUCGAUCUUUAUCUGUUCCCAGAAAAUCGCGAACACUCGGCUAUUGGCUCUCUCAUCCUGGGCUACGCUAUCGUCGCGGUAACGUUCUCCCUGCAGCCGCUGAUGCGAUACACGUGCUCGCGACUCACGGGCCUCGCGCGUCUCGUUGCCGCGGACGGCUUCCUCCUGCUGAGCUUCGUCGGCACAGUGAACGUCUGGCGCGGCAUCUGGAACAUCCUCGACCUCUGGCUGCUGCCCGACGAUCCCAAGCUCUCCUGCUGGAUCACCCACUUUGGCUGCUUUAUCUUCCUCGUGCUACUCAACUGCAGUAACUCCGUCCUCGUGCGCGGUGUCUACAUCGACGCCGAGGAGGAGGCCGGCAAGUGCGUUGUCUUCCCCUGCCACUACCUCCGACUCUUCUACAAGGUGGAGCGCGAGAAGAAGGAGGCGUGCCGGCGGAACCUGAUCGUGCCCUCCCGGGACUUGGCGAUGCGGAGCGAGCAGGGUGUCAAGGAGACGGCGAGCAGCGCCUUAUACUCCGCGGGUGUCACCAACCUCGAGUCUCUCGUCUGAGCGGCCCAAGCAAUCUUGACGAGCCCGCCAAUCGAUAGCCCCGACGUUAUUUAAUUUCUCUUCCCUUUAGCUUUUCU